GCCGGGGGGUGCGGGGGGGAGCGGCGGGGAGCGGAGCGGGGCGGGGGUGCGGGGCGGGGUGCGGGUGCGGGGCGGCGGGCCCGGCGCUGCUGAGCGAGGGAAAUGUGAGCCGGCUGCACCACUGCGGCGGCACUGCGGGAGCCGGCGGCAGCGGAGCGGGAGCGCGCAGGCAGCGCCCGCGCCCGCCGAGCCCCGGGGACAGCGGGGACGGAGCCCGCCCGCCCGGCGGCACCUGCCAGAGAGGAAAGCGGGGUCCGCACGCUGCAGCCCACCCUCCCCGUCCCCGGACGGUAGCAGUGUUGCAUCAGCCCCGAGCGGAGCGGCGGCUCCGCGGCCGGAGGAGGCGGCGGGAGCCGGGGAAGGGAGAGCGGAGCCCGGGCCGGGCGGGAGGUGCCUACCCAGCGCUACCUGCCGCCUCCCCCCCGCUCCCGCAGCGCGUCCCCGCGGAGCAUCCGGAGCCGGCGGGAGCCCGGCGCCGCCAGCGCUGCCUUUGUGCCCGGUACCGGACCCCCCCGCGCCGCCGGGGAGGCUGCUGGAGGAGGCUGCGCGGCCGUGGGAAGCUGCGCCGGGAGCCACGGGAGCAGCGGUGGAGACCCGUGGGCAUCCUCGGGGAGCAGCGCCUGCAUCCUUCUGCCUUUCAGAUAACCUUUAGCUGCUUGGGCCUCUGAACCUCUGCCGGGGACGGAGCGGGGGUCUGGAGGCUAAACUGGGGGCACGGCGGCCCCAGGACCCCCCGUCUGGGGCACGGCGGGGCAAUGCAGCGAGCAGGAAGCUGAGCUGGGCCCAGAGACGGAGGGGACAAGGCAGCAGUGCAGGUGAGCUGCCCCCCAGCGCGGGAUGCUCCCAGAGCCCCUGCCCCACGGGACCUGCCAGUGAGGGCAAGCGGGAGAGCCGGGAAGUCAGAGCAAAGGAAUUUGCAAACACAUUCUUCAGCACCACGAGGAUCCCACGGCGCAUAAACAGCUGAUCCGGCGUGGGAAGUGCCAGUGGAGGCAAAGCGGAGGCUGCCGAGUGACGGCCAAUGUCAUAUUAACAUCCCGGCGAGGCGCUGUGGGGAGCCGACGCUUUGAUCGCCUGCCCAAGAGCAUCCUCCAGGGCAGGCAGGAUGCUGCUGUAAGCCCUGCCUGCCCCUGCCCACCCCGGCCUCGCACCCUCAGGGCUGGCCGGAGAAGAGGGGCGCAGGGCCCGCUGGCACUGCCCCUCAUCCCCAGGAUGCUCUCCCGCACCAGUGGCUGCUCCCUGUGCUCCUGCUCCGCAGCCAGACCGAGAUUGAAAGCUCAGCAGGCUGCCGGCAUGUUUUAGCCUCAUGCAGGCGUCCCUCGGAGACCCCAGAGCAGUGGACAGUAAUGUGAAAACGAUACUCAUGUCGUGUCUGAAAGGGCAACAGGUCAUCAUUAAGAUGGAGGCGAUGAAAAUCAUCCACCCUGAGAAGUUUUCGGAGCUGCAGGCCUCACAGCCGCGCUAUGCGCCAGCCCCACGCCGGGAGCCGCCCCUCGUGGCCAAGCGCGCGUGGCCCUCCGAGUCCGAGAUCAUCGUCAACCAGGCGUGCGGGGACAUCCCCACCUUGGAUGCCACCCCCGGCCCCCUGCCGCUGCCUCGGACUCCCCCCCUGCCGCGGCGGGAGCGCACGUACCAGAGCCAGCGGAAGGGCAGCUCCGAGGUCUGCUACCACCGACAGCCACCGUCGGACGAGGUGAUCGUCAACCAGUAUGUCCUGCACCCCUCGACACCCUGCGAGCCCCUUGAGUGCCCCACGUGCGGCCACAUGUACAACUUCACCAACAAACGGCCCCGCAUCCUGUCCUGCCUGCACUCGGUGUGCGAGGAGUGCCUGCAGAUCCUCUACGAGUCUUGCCCCAAGUACAAGUUCAUCUCCUGCCCCACCUGCAAGCGGGAGACCGUCCUCUUCACCGACUACGGGCUGGCAGCGCUGGCCGUCAACACCAGUAUCCUCAACAGACUGCCGGCCGAGGCGCUGGCCGCCAACCCCGUCCAGUGGAGCAGCGACACCGACCGCAGCUGCUACCAGACCUUCCGCCAGUACUGCGGGGCUGCCUGUACCUGCCACAUCCGAAACCCGCUGUCUUCCUGCACCAUCAUGUGAGCCCCACACCCCUGCCCACACCACUGGGUGGGAGAGGCUGGUGCAGCGCCGCAGCCGGGCCCCAGUCCUUUCUUUACCAGUGCACAGCCCAGCAGAUGCUCUGAUGCUCACCAAAGCUGAGGAUGUGGGACCGGCGUCCUUGCCAGCACUGGUGGGGGGCAAUGGGGAUGCUGGGACCUGGCAGCAGCCCCCCACUCCCCAAUGGUGCCCGGGGAGAGGGACACUGGGAUGGGGAGCACAUCUACCAGUGCAUCCAGGGGCUCCAUUUCCCCCUGGUCCUAUGACAAGCGUCCCCACUGUGUAUCAAGCAUCUCGCCGUGCUCCUUCCCCGGCCGCCUUCUCCCUCCUCUCUCCCUGUGGCUCCUGAGAGUGGAAGCUGGGUCCCAGCUAGAGCGACACCAUCCCCCAUUGCCCCACACAAGGAGGUGCACGGUGCCACGCUGGGUCACCAGCCCAGCACAGGAGGUGAGGACAGGUCCCCGCUGUGUUGUCCCCCACACACCCCGUAAGUUAUUUGCCAAAGCUUUCAUCUCAGCGGCCAAGCCACCGCGCACCCGAGUCGUUGUAGCCAUGCCAAGCACCGCACCGGCCCCUCGGUUGCCAGCAGACACGCGGCCCGUUUCCUCCACAGGCCCUUGAGGAAAGCUCCACUUUAUCCUCGUUUUGGAGGAUUCUUGUUUUUUCCCCAUCCGUCCCCGGCCGCCUCAUCCCAAGCCACUACACACUCACAAAGGCAUUGAGCUGUGGCCGUUCUCUGCUCCUCUGCACUGAUACCCCAUGGGAUGGCUCAGGGGGGUGGCUCAGGGUCUGGUUCCCCAAACUGCUGGCUCCAGCGAGGGGAUUUGGCUGGGCGGGGGGGGCAGAGAUCUGGCUUCUGCCCAUGGUCCCUUCCCUGGAGCAGCACCUCUGCUCUGUCCCCUGUGCAGAGGGGCUGGCAGGCCGGCAGGCCCCUGGGCACAGUCUUGCUUUCUCCAGGCACAUGGGGGGGGCAGGUUUGCUGCCAACAAAGCAAAAAAGAAUUAAAAAAAAAGCCAUAAUUUGUGGGUGCUCCUGCGGGGCUGAGCACCACGACCCGGCACCAGAGGCACUGGGGCUGGGCGAGCCCGAGGGGCCCUGCAGAGCCCCCGCCACAUCAAAGAGCAGCUCCCAGCACUGGCCUAAGCCCAGCAUCCACCCAGGGAGCAGGGCUGAACCGACCCCCCCUGCCCACCCCAAGGGACGGGGCGAUGCUGCCGGCACAGCCCCAGGUACCACCCACUGCCCGUGCAGAAUGGGGCCGAUCCCGAUUCCGUGUUGCUCUGCCAAUGCCUCCCGCUGCUGGUUGUGAUGAUGAUCAUGUUUUAUACCCGGCCUUGUUCUAACCCCAUCAGUCUCCCCAAUAAAGAUUAUAUUGGAACGAA